AUGGCAGACCAGGCUGUCGCCCGUUUGGCCGGCAUUAAUGUCGGCGCACCGGCGUGUCCUUUGCCUAGUGCUGAUUUCGGUCUCAUCGGUCUGGCCGUUAUGGGCCAGAACUUGAUCCUCAACGUUGCUGAUCACGGCUUCACUGUCUGCGCCUACAACCGUACAACCUCCAAGGUCGACCGCUUCCUUGACAACGAGGCUAAGGGCAAGUCCAUUGUCGGUGCCCACUCCAUCGAGGAGUUCUGCGCCAAGCUGAAGCGCCCUCGCCGUAUCAUGCUUCUGGUCAUGGCUGGUAAGCCCGUCGACCAGUUCAUUGAGUCCCUCCUGCCCUACCUUGAGAAGGGCGAUAUCAUCAUUGACGGCGGUAACUCCCACUUCCCCGACAGCAACCGCCGUACCAAGUACCUCGCAGAGAAGGGUAUCCGCUUCGUCGGCAGUGGUGUCUCCGGUGGUGAAGAGGGUGCCCGUUACGGCCCCUCCCUGAUGCCCGGUGGUAACGAGGAGGCUUGGCCCUACAUCAAGGACAUCUUUCAGAGCAUUGCUGCUAAGAGCGACGGUGAGGCCUGCUGCGACUGGGUCGGUGAUGAGGGUGCCGGCCACUUCGUCAAGAUGGUCCACAACGGUAUUGAGUAUGGUGACAUGCAGCUCAUUUGCGAGGCUUAUGACAUACUCAAGCGGGGAUUGGGGUUGCCCGUCAGCGAGAUUGCCCAGGUCUUUGAGAAGUGGAACACGGGUGUUCUGGACUCUUUCCUGAUUGAGAUCACUCGCGAUGUCCUUAAGUACAACGACAACGAUGGCACCCCUCUUGUCGAGAAGAUCCUUGACAAGGCCGGUCAGAAGGGUACCGGCAAGUGGACCGCCAUCAAUGCCCUUGACCUCGGCAUGCCUGUCACCUUGAUCGGUGAGGCUGUCUUCGCUCGUUGCCUGAGUGCUCAGAAGGACGAGCGUAUCCGUGCCAGCAGCCUUCUUAGCGGCCCCACUCCUCAGUUCACUGGUGACAAGCAGGCUUUCAUUGAUGACCUGGAGCAGGCCCUAUAUGCCUCCAAGAUCAUUUCCUACGCCCAGGGCUUCAUGCUAAUCCAGGAGGCCGCCAGGGAGUACAAGUGGAAGCUGAACAAGCCCUCCAUCGCCCUCAUGUGGCGUGGUGGUUGCAUCAUCCGCUCCGUCUUUCUGAAGGACAUCACCAAUGCUUACCGUACCAACCCCGAUCUCGAGAACCUUCUGUUCGACGACUUCUUCAAUAAGGCCAUCCACAAGGCCCAGAACGGCUGGAGGAACGUCGUGAGCAAGGCUGCCCUUUGGGGUAUUCCUAGCCCUGCUUUCAGCACUGCUCUCAGCUUCUACGAUGGAUACCGCACUCGGGACCUCCCCGCCAACCUGCUGCAGGCUCAGCGUGACUACUUCGGUGCCCACACCUUCCGCGUCAAGCCCGAGUAUGCCAACGAAAACUAUCCCGAGGGCAAGGAUAUCCAUGUUAACUGGACUGGACGUGGCGGUGACGUGUCCGCCUCAACCUACAUCGCUUAA